AUGUGUUUUCCUUUCUCAGCUUUCACUACUACGGAGUACAUAUUCUACUAUGGAGCAGUCAAGAAGUACCCCACGAACAGGAUGCUCGGCCAACGGCAAGUUACAGAUGGCAAGGCCGGUGAGUAUGUGUGGCAAACGUACGAGGAAGUGUACCAGAAGGUCAUGAGGAUUGGAUCAGCCAUCAGAAGCUUGGGCGUAGAGCCGGCAUGCAACAGUCAAGGAAUAUGUUAUGUGCCACUGAAUGACACCCUCGGAGCAAAUGCUGUUGACUUCAUCAUGGACCAUGCUGAGAUAUCCAUUGCAUUGGUCCAGGAGAGCAAGAUCAAAUCUAUACUAGCAGUAGUCCCUAAGUGCACAGCCCAUCUUAGAGGUUUGCCAACAGCAAACUUGCCAAUAUGA